AUGACGCUCGAGGCGGCCGCGGGUUCCUCGGAUGAGUUGACACCGUCCAAACCAUCCAAUGACCUCAGCGAUCAAACAUUUCUCGGGCAGGCCCGUGGCCGAUCUCGGGAACCAAGUGCGAUCGCAAGCACGAGUGGGAACGUAACUAGCCUAACUGGCAACCACGCCCUGGCCCAGGCCAAGGUGGCAGUGUUGUCCAUUAGCGACCCCAACGCCCAGCCGGCCUUUGGGUCGUCUACAUCUCAUGCCCCACCCAACGGGGCCGGUCACGCCGAGGAACGCCCCUCUAGCCGGACGGCAAGUGAUGCCAAUGGAGAGCAGCGGCCAAACAAUGGUGAGCCGAGUACCGGCAAGACUGCCGCCACGGAGCAAGGCGUUGUCACUGGUGGCAUCUUGGGCACUCGAAGCCCGCCUUCCCUCAGUUCACCUUCGCCCGCCUCGAAUGCCUCGCCCAGCCUUCCCCCAGGAACUGGACACGUUCACCUUUCCGGACCACCACGCUCUCCCCGCGCACACUUCAUCUCCAGCCACGCUUCAUAUCCCCUCAAGCUGCUCGCGCCACGGCACCUUCCUUCACAACCGGCAAACGUCGCCCUCCUCUAUACCCUCGCCUAUGGGGGCGGACUAGUGGCCGGCGACUGCGUGCAGCUCUCAUGCACAGUUGACGCGGGCCAGGUACUGGUGAUGCGAACGCAGGGCAGCACAAAAGUGUACAAACAUCGGCGGGGCCUGCGACCAGCAGCGCAUGGCAUCUCGCCCGCCCUCGCGGCUGCCGUGAGAAGAGGGGAGGAGGCGCCGGCCGUGCGGCAGCGCCUUCACGUCACUCUGGGGACUGGGGCGACGUUCAUUCUCCUCCCUGAUGCGUUGAGUCCGUUCCGGGGGAGUAGGUACGUCCAGGCCCAGCGGGUGUGCCUGCCGCCCGAUGGGAGCGGAAGCGUGCUGCUGCUUGACUGGAUCAACUCAGGCCGCGGUGACCGGCCAGUCGGACGUCCCGAGCUCCGCCCUUGGGCUGAGCGUUUUACCAACGGCGAGAACCCCAAGUCUCGCUGGACUGACGCCGCUGCUCAAGACGCAGCCCAGGCAACAUCAGACUGGGGCAAGGCCGAGGAGGAGUACUGGGCCAUGGGGUACUACGCGUCCACGAACGAGCUCAUCGUUGGCAACCACAUCCUGGCGCGCGAACGCAUGGUCCUUGACAACGCCGGGCACACGGGCCACUCGCUGUCACCCGCGGCCAGCCGACUUGCACCGUACCACGUCUAUGCGACGGUGCUCGUUCACGGACCGGAGUUUGCGCGCGUGCGCGCACACCUCGAGGCGCUCGCCGACGCGACAAGCCAGUUCCAGGUUCCUCGUCCGCCAGGGCUACUGUGGUCCUAUUCGCCCCUCAACGAUGUGUGUGGGAUCAUCCGCGUGGCUGGCCUCGAGGUCGAGGACGUGAGGGACUGGAUGCGCGGCGCAUUUGAGGAGGGCGGCGUAGCCGAUCUCGUUGGUCCCGGCCUGUGGCCGCGGUGCAUCUAG